UCAGGGAGUUACUAUCAUCCUUCAUGGUUGAGUCGUGGCAGCAAUGUGAAUUAUGUUGUAAGUAGUGUGGUACGUUCGCUGGACAGGCCGAUGAUGUUCUUAGUUAUGUGUACGAAGUUGCAUUCUGCAGUUGUAUUUUAGCUAGCAAUAGAAAGUUUUAAAACAUAUGUCAAUCGAUGUACUAGUAUUCCUCGAGAAACUAGAGGAAUACUAUUUCAAUUCAGAAUGUUUCUUCUAAAACAGUUCUAAGAACUGCGUAGACGUUGAAUUUCUUCGUAAAUCUGACUAACAAGGCCAUCUUGUGACAAGAGAACGAAUCGGCUGACACUAUCCAACCAGCAACCUACGUACAAACCUUGUCGCACUACUAAAUGCUUCUUUCCAUCCUGAACAUUCUAAUGGAUUAACUAUGAACUAAAAGUUCGUUACUUAAUAUACUUUUUCAUGACCCGUUUUUUUUCACAGGUUGUAAAGUGGAGCGGCACCAUUUAUUACGUGAAAGAUAAUCCCUGCAUGAAGACAACCUGGAAAGAAGCUUGUAUGACCUGAGGCGGAACUUCGAAGUAGGUUUUGCCAGAAUGUCUGACAGACAGAAGAAAAAUCUCAGUUUCAUCAUUUAUAUUUUGCUUCUGGGAGCUCUUCGUUUCUCAGAUGGGUUUAACUGUGUAAAGAAUUUUGAUCCAGUUUGUGAUAUAGUAUAUUGUUCUGAUACUAUUCAAGGGAAUACCUUACAAUGCUUCAUAAACACAACAGAUUCUCAAUCUGGCCAGAUUCCACAUGCUUAUGUGAUUGACUACAAGUUUCAUAAGAGACUUAAGGUUGAGUGUAACAGCAGUGCCCCUUACAAGCCAGGAAUGCUUAAAGAGCUUGAUAUAUCAGAAAUUGAUUAUUUUGUUUUUAGUGGAUGUUCUUUACCAACUGUGAGCUUCAAUGAUUUUUUAUCUGGGUUGACAGUAAGAAAACUUAAGUUUGAAAAUCGAAAUGGUAAUUUGCAGUUGACUGCCUCUCUCUUUAAAGGACUUGCAUUAUUAAAGCUUUUGAAUCUGGCAAAAAAUAAACUUUCUGUUUUGCCAGAAGAUGUUUUUCAGUAUCUAACAAAUAUUGAAUCACUACAUCUCUCUGAUAAUGAAUUACAAACUCUACCAGAAAAUGUAUUUCAACCAUUAAAUAAUUUGGAAAACUUGGAACUUGGUGCCAACAAGUUGUCUAAGUUACCAGCAGGACUUUUCAGAAAUCUUCCUAGAUUAAAACGGAUAUAUUUGUACAGAAAUAAGCUUAGUACUCUAUCUAAGGAUAUAUUUGACAAUCUUGAAUCACUUGAAAUUUUAGAGUUGUUUGGAAAUGAAUUUACAAAAUUACCAGGAGAUGUAUUUUCAGGUCUUCUCAAUCUUAGAAGUUUAGGUUUGUCCAAGAAUAAACUUGAAACAUUACCAAGUGAACUGUUUAGAAAAAAUUUGGCACUUGAGGAGCUGGAUCUUAGUUCAAACCCAACUUUCAGGGAUCUUCCUGGUGAUCUCUUUACAGGACUGACAAACCUAAAAUAUUUAACAAUUAAUCACUGCAACUUAACAAACUUUUCCAGUUCUUUCUUUUCAGAAGCACCAAAUUUGUUACAGCUAAAAUUGCAUAAUAACAGGCUCACCUCUCUUCCUGUUGGAAUAUUCGAUAAUAACAGAAAGUUACAUAUUUUGGAAAUGCCAUAUAAUGAUCUCACAUUUUUACCCAUUGGCCUGUUUGAUUACCAAAUUAGUCUACAAAAGCUUAAUUUGUACAAGAACAAUAUCAAAAGUUUGUCACCAGAUAUAUUUCAAAAUUUUGUCAAUAUCAGGGAAAUUAAUCUCGGAUACAACUUUCUGACAGAACUAAAUAAUACAUUGUUCAGAAAUACACAGAGUUUGGAGACUUUAAUUCUUUCAGGUAAUCAAAUAAUAUCACUAGCUAAGGUUGAUCUUUUUGGUAAACCUGUAAAGCUUAAGAAACUUGAUUUGUCUAACAACAAUUUAACAGAAUUUAUUAAUAUGAAUUGGAAUUUAGUAACAAACCUAGAAGAGUUGCGUCUAGAUAAUAACCAAAUUACCUUCUUUAAAGUUCCACUUAUCAGAUCUGAUGAUGCAAACGUAUAUCUAAAAGGAAAUCAGAUUAAAACAGUCGAUAUGAGGGAUGUGUAUAUGCAAUUGAAUGUAAUGCACUUGUUUUCUUCCAAACACUCUGAAGGUUCAUCCCCUGUUUAUUACCUCCAAGAUAAUGCAUUUCAGUGUGAUUGUCAUCUGUUGGAUUUUGCUGAUUAUUUGCGAAAUUAUUUGAAUGAUGUUUAUAGAAUUGCGAUUAUUCAUGGUGCCAAGAACUUACCAUGUAUUGGUCCAUCACAUCUGGCAAAUAAAGCUAUUACCAGUGUUCCAAGAGAGAAGUUUAUUUGUUCUGUAAGAAAUAAUUGCCCAGAUUUGUGUCACUGUUAUUUUCGAACUUCUGAUAAGGCAGUAAUUGUAAACUGCAGUGGUUUGCAUUGGGAUACUCUACCAUUACACUUGCCUGAGAAUACAAAUAUUUUACAUCUAGAGAAAAACAAUAUAUCAUCUCUUAAUAUCUUCUCAUCUGAUGCUUACAGAAAUCUCACUGAAAUAUAUCUGGAUGAAAACCAUAUAUCCUCGAUUGAUAACUGGAAGUUACCUCCUAAUCUUAAAAUGAUAUCCUUGAGGAAAAACUAUCUAACUCACAUAUCAACAGAUAUAUAUAAAGAAAGAGAAGAAACACUACAUUUUGAUCUUCGUUUAGGAUACAAUCCAUGGGAAUGCACGUGUGAAACAUUAGAAUUGAAAUCGUGGCUUACUAACAAUUUACAUAAAAUCAAAGAUAUAGAUGACAUUUAUUGUUCAGAGCCAGUAAAACUCAAUGGAACAUUAAGGAAAGAGUUGCUUGUACAAAUGCCAGAUAAUAUUUUGUGUCCUCAUGCUACUUGGCCACAGAAAAUAAAAUUAAUAAGUGUGUCUGUUAUAUGUGUGGUUUUAGCAAUUUUAUUAUUUGUUGUAUCUGUGCUUUAUUAUCGCAAUAAGCAAACUGUUAUUGCAUAUGUGUAUAUUCAUUUAUAUAAUGUUUUCAUGUGUUUCUUCACUGAAGAAGAACUAGACGAAGACAAGAUCUUUGAUGCUUUCAUUUCAUAUAGCAGCUCAGACAGAGAGACUGCUUUCAGCAUUUUGAAAGAACUAGAAACCAAUGAACCGCUUUUUAAGGUUUGUAUUCACGAUCGCGAUUGGUUGGCUGGAAAUGCUAUCAGCUGGAAUAUAGUUAACUCUGUUCAGAACAGCAGAAGGACAAUCUUGGUUAUUUCCAAAGACUUCUUGGAAAGUGUGUGGUUUCAGAUAGAAUUUCACACCGCUUACUACCAAAUGUUGGAAGACAAAGUCGAUCGACUUAUUGUUGUGGUUAAAGGAGAACUGCCUCCUAAAGAUACCUUUGACAAAGACCUUCAGUACCUGUUGUCAACGAAAACAUACCUUGUGUGGGGAGAGAAAUGGUUUUGGGAAAAACUAAGAUAUGCCAUGCCUCACCAUAGAUCAUUGCGUGCUCCAGAAAAUAAGACUCCUUUCCGUAAUCGACCACCGUCAGCGAUCUUAAAGUCUGUAGAGGAACAGAUAGAAAAUUACACACUAAAUGGGAACAAAAAUAAACAAAACGACAUUUUGUCACAAAAGAACAAAAAUCAAGUGGUUACUCAGAGUAAUUUCGAGCCUACAGCGCUUCAAAUUGGACCAUUAAAAAGAAAUGGCGAUGUUUUUAUUAGUUCAAGAGUAUGAGCUAUUAAAUUCCAAUAUCACUGUAUAUAACAUAAGUAUUUAUGUAUCUAAAUUAACUCUUAAAGUUUGUCAGUUCCACUUGCCAUACCCUUAAAUGUACAGAAUUUUAUCAAUUGUAUCUUAAAUGUGUUCAUGAAAAUGAGUUUAAAAUAUUAAAAACGUCAUCAUUGAAAUAAGUGUUCAAACGUUCAAGUAUUUUAUGUACAGUUUCUAUGUUGUCAGUAAAUGUACGAUGUUAGUCAUGUUGUGGCACAUUUUUAAUGCAAGUGGAUAGAAUGAAGAUUGUUGUGCUUUACAUAUGUGUAGGCUAUAGUAUGACAUAUAAGCAGUUACUACAAGUGAGGAUUUAUGAAUUAUAUAUAUGCGGGUGUGUGUAUGUUUGAAAUAGUAAUAAGUACUUUUCUAAACGUUGAUAUUUCGUAGUUUUUUAUGCAUCAUUUUUUAAAUGGCCUAUUACAUCAUUUAUGCUUUGGUUUUUCCAGUUUUAUAUUAGAAUUAUUCUAAUUUGUUUACACAUGCUACACCAAGGAUAUUGUAGCACAUGUAUUCAUACAAACUUCUUUAUUCUCCAUAUUUCCAAAAUCUCCUCUGACAACGUUCUGUAUAACAACUUAACGUAAGUUAGAAAACUUAAGUUAUUUUUUUGAUAACUUGGUUUUUUCGACAUAAAGUACUACGUUUCCUGCCUGUAAACUAACAAUGGCUCAUGUUUUCAAAUCAAUUAUAUCAUGUCAUAUGUUAGCAGUUAUUAGGCUGGGUAUAGGUAUCAAUAUACUUACCAGCCAUAUUCAAACAAUGCACAGCUGUUUACCGAUACGUCCACCCAGUUGCUUAUUGGUCAGUUUAAGGGCUUAGACCGUAAAAAUCGGGUUUCGAUACCCGCGGUGGGCAGAGCACAGAUCGCCCAUUGUGUAGCUUUGUAACAGAACAAAAACAAUUUUUGUUUACAAAUUAAAAACGCAAACAAACAGAAAAUUCACACACCAAUAAGAACUAUAAACAGACAUUUCAUUUUACAACUUACCAUUCCCAUACUAACAAUCACCUAACAGCUAGCACGUUUUGAAAAAAAAAAAAAA